AUGCACGAUCAAAACAGUAACUCUUACGACGAACAUGGCAUUACUCAAGACAACUACACAGGCUUUCCACCAGCCUACAUACCGCCAAAUAAUCCGCCUUCUCAAAAUAGUCACUCAGAUCCCCCAUCUCAACGACCAUUCCAGCCUCAAUUGCUAGAAUAUUGUCGACAACAGCAACCAUUUGAGGAAGGGCUGGACAUUUUUAGUCAACAUAAUUCUCUUGAACAUCGACAGCUGUAUCAGCCGCAAACAUUGGUCCAGCAAGAAGUCCCGUCUCAAUAUCUAACGCCACAACCAUCGUCAGAGCCCCCCCUAUUUUCAUUGCCUCUAGUCCAGUCAUCUCAAUUCCAACUGAUACCCCAAUCGCAGCCAUUGUCUCAAUUGCAAGGUUCCAUUGGUCUUGAUGUCAUGACUUCCUUCGAGACUCAAUCUCAGUCCUCAGUACAAAGUCAUCCACAAAUGCCCACGGGUUUUUCCUCAGGCUCAAUGCAAAACUUUGAGAUGUCGGCCAUGUCUGAAGUCGAAACCCCUCAACAAGAUAUUGUGCCAAACGCAUUUGGAGCCCAGGAUUCCUCCCACAAUGAUCUGCCGGGUCAAGACACACCCCGGUUGUCUAAAUCGCACUUAGUCAGUAUCGAAACUACAGAAAAUGACAGAAAAAGAGAUUUGGUAUCUGCUUUUCGAGAUCGUCUUCUUUCACGCAGCUACUUCCUUAUUCGUUGGAACGAAGACCUGGAACGUGGCGUCUCAGCUCUCAUUCUGGAAGCUCUCGAUGACGUACAUAUGGCCAUCGGCCGAAUGUGGCCCGCACUUUCUACUUUUAACAUUAAAGUAGAAUAUUCGACUUUAAUUGAUUCGCAAAAACAAGACUCUUCGAUGGCCCAGAGAACCUUUGAGUAUCGUCUCGAGAAUCGACUCACCCAGCUUCUUCAAAACCUGGGCUGCGACUUGCAUCGAAUUUGCAGUAUUCGUGAAGACCUAAUGUCAAUAUAUAACAAAAAAGUAUCCGAGAUCGCAGAUCGUAUUGGGAUUCAACCUCUGUUAAACCAAAUUUGCUCUACCGGAAAAAAAGCAAUAUUUUUGUGUAGGGCCAGAGGCAAACACAUUGGUAAUAUUUACAGAGGCCAUUUCUAUUUCUCGGUAGAAACAAAGGAACGGAAACAAGUCCAUGUCCCUUUGAAAAUUCCGUUUUAUAUAUAUGGCAUCUUUCGAUCUUCUGGUGUGAUGGAUCACGGGGAUGUUUUCGAAGUCACAGGACAAGUUUCUGAGGACGGAAACGAUCAACUGUUGCGAAUAGUGAUGGCACACAUGUCGUGCAAGGCAAAUGACAUGGUUUAUAUAAGGAAUGCUGGAUAUCACGGUAAAAUUAUGACACCGGAUGGUAUCUUGCUGGUAGAUAUCAGGGCAGCAGGGCCGAGACCGCGAGCCAUCUAUUCCACACAUGAAUUGCGGUACGUAGUCGAUUCACACACGACCCUGGCACGUAUUUUGGCAGGCGAUUUGGACGUCUAG